GGGUGGCUGCAGCCCGAGUGGGGGAGGUGCCGCCCGCCACCGGGAGCCCCCGCCGCCACCACGUAGCGCAGCCGCCCCCCGCCAGGCGGAGAGUAAGACAAUGGCAGGCAACAAUCAGCUUUGCAUUAGACGUUGGACUACCAAGAAUGUAGCCAAAUGGCUGAGGGAAGAAGGCUUCUGCGAGUAUGUGGACAUCUUGUGCAAUAGGCACAGAUUGGAUGGAAUUACAUUAUUAACUCUGACUGAAUAUGAUUUACGAUCACCUCCUCUGGAAAUCAAAGUCUUAGGGGAUAUCAAAAGGCUCAUGUUAUCUAUACGCAAAUUGCAAAAACAGCAUUUUGAUGUUUUAGAAGAGUUGGGUUACAGUAGUGACAGUCACAUUGGAACAAUUUCUCCUACUGUUGGCUCCCUUCAGGGUACGGAUUGGUUUUGUAAUGGUGAAGUACCACGGGAUUGUGAUGAACCAGUUACUGACUUAAAUGGUGAUCAGUAUCAAUACACAAAUGGAAAAAGCAAACAGCAAACCCGGAGACUGGACCCAGAAUACUGGAAGACUAUUUUAAGUUGUGUUUAUGUUUUCAUAGUGUUUGGCUUUACAUCAUUUGUCAUGGUUAUAGUACAUGAACGAGUACCUGACAUGCAAACAUAUCCACCACUACCAGACAUAUUUUUAGACAGUGUUCCUAGGAUACCAUGGGCCUUUGCCAUGACUGAAGUGUGUGGCGUGAUUCUCUGCUAUAUCUGGCUUCUGGUUCUUCUUCUUCACAAACACAGGUCUAUACUUCUGCGAAGAUUAUGCAGCCUGAUGGGGACAGUGUUUUUGUUACGCUGUAUCACAAUGUUUGUUACCUCACUCUCUGUGCCAGGCCAGCAUCUUCAGUGUUCUGGCAAGUUGUAUGGAAACGUGUGGGCAAAACUUCAGCGAGCAUUUGCAAUUUGGAGCGGGUUUGGAAUGACACUAACUGGAGUACAUACGUGUGGGGAUUAUAUGUUCAGUGGCCAUACUGUUGUUCUGACUAUGCUGAACUUCUUUGUCACAGAAUUGAGUGGACGUGGAAGACAACAUGAGAAUUGCAUUAGAGAGACCAACUGGUGGCUUCGGCAAUGGUGUCUCGAGGCAGGCUUCGGCUUCCUUGACAAUGACCCACACAUCACGAUGAGAGACAUGCUCAGUUGGGAUGGGCUUCACCUGUCCCCCAAAGGUUCCAUAUAUUUGAUUUUUUUGAAUCGCUGGGUUGGCCUGGUUAAUCAAACUAACGGUCUGUAUCCUGAAAUGGAUAUCUAUUUCGACUUUACAAUGCUUGAUUCAAUGUGACGCCACGCCAGCGAACAUGUUCGCUGUGUCACCCAUCUCCCUGGAGAACAUCUGUCCAAACGUCCUUGGACACUUUCUUUAAGAAAGCAGACAAGACUCCUGAGAAGACUCCAGCCAAGACCCUUCAAAAAGUCUAACCAAGAGCCCUUCAAAGAGUCCAGCAAAGUCACCUCAAAGAAGUCCUUCCAAAUCAAUAUGAUUCCUAUUUACAAUAUAAAUACAUUAAUGUAGCUAUGUUACUCAUCUAUAAAUGACAGUACAAAAUUCUGGAGUAUUUUUGGUGAAAAUAGGGUAUCGGGCCUUGUUUCAGGAACCAAUCCCCCAUUUAUAACGUUGUUUCUUAUGAGAAAAUUGGUUCCAAGUUGCAACGUUUUGACUUAAGACAUGGUUUUUAGGAACCAAUUGCGUUGCAAGUCCGAGGACUGCCUGUAUUUGAGUGGCUGGGAAAGUCAAAUGAGGCUUUUCUUUUAAAAAAAAAAAAACAAAAAAAAACCUCCAUGAAUCAUUACUGCAGAACUGUGUAACUUUUUUUUUUUCAAAAUGUGUCUUUUAUGAAUUUCAACUAACAGAAAAUAAAUUACAGAUUUUCUACCAGUUG